CCAAAGCCGGUAACCCCAAGAAGGUGGAAGAGGAAGAGGAGGAGAUCGACAUUGACCUGAGUGCGCCUGAGACGGAGAAAGCUGCGCUCGCCAUCCAGGGCAAAUUCCGCCGCUUCCAGAAGCGGAAGAAGGAGUCGGGGCCCUGA